GCACUAUGGCUAGUUUCUGCCGUCGUAUCGCUCAUUGAUCGAUAGAGUCCUUGUUGUCGUCGUCGAGGACCUGGUGCUACGAUGUUGCUUAUGUCGUCGCUCCUUCUCCUGUCCCUGUCUCUGUCCCUGUUACCAUCGGAAUGUUUACGCGAAUGAUGUUGUCGUUGUCCGCGCUGUCGGAUGCCGCUUGUUUCCUCAGGCACACCGCCGUUGAGCUGUCGCUGCUGUUGCUGGUCAGGUCUCGAUCUCGAUCGCAUAGGAAUCUGUUCGAUAGGUCCACCCUGGGGAUCGUAUUCCUCGAACUCCUGGUCAUAAUGAUCUUCCAGCUCAGGAUCGCGGGGACCUCUGCUCAAUGAGCUAACGAACUCGAUAUCGUCGUCAUCAUCAUCAUCAUCAUCGUCACCAUC